AUGUCCACCCUCGACGACAUCUUCGGCUCCUCCCCGCCUCCCACAACCCACCACGCUCACCCCAACCCGCCCACCACCACCGAACCCUCCGACCUCCCCUCCCUCCGCCGCCAACACGUCACAGCCGGCUACCGCGACGGCAUCAGCGCCUCCAAAACCUCCCAUGUCCAAGCCGGCUUUGACGCCGGCUUUCCCAUCGGCGCACAACUCGGCAUGCGCGCUGGUACUAUCCUCGGUAUUCUCGAGGGUGUGCUGCGCGGUUACGACGAGAGCCAGAAAGCCGUGGUGAAGAAGCUGCCUGCGGGUCGGAAGGGCGCCACCAGCACCAAUGGCACCGCCACUCCUACUUCUACAAUGACCGACGAGGAACGCCAAGCUAAGCGAGCAGAGAUACUAGCAUUGUACCAACAAGCCGUGAAGGAAUUGGAUGUGCGGAAGGUAUUCGAGGGGAUCAGUGAGAAGGAAAUCUCAGGGGGAGAAAAGGCCGAGGUUAGACUUGGGAGGCAGGGUGAGGGGGCUAUAGGGAAGUGGGAGGAGAAAGUGAGGGUUCCGAGGUGGGAGGAGAAUAUGGAUGCGUUGGAGAUGAAGGAUACCGUUACUGCUGAGGGGACGGGGGUAGAGGUGGAAGAGAGCUGA